AAAGCGGCGGCGCUAGCAACUGCAGCAGCUGGGCUGGUACCGGGAGCAGCAUGGAGCGGCCGCGAGAGGUUGGUAUUGAAGAUUAAGGCACCUGCUCUUCCCUCCUUAGAGUUUCUUUAGGUGGAAAGUCAUUAGCUGCCUGAUGUUUUGGAGCUACUCAUGAUUGGGACGCUGAGAGUAUCCAGGAAAGUACUUUCUCUGAGGACCCCACCUCAGUAGCAACAGCUGCUCACCCUCUAAGGAAGGCAAUCAGUGCCCCUCCCAGCGGGGGGCAGGCGUCUGCUGCCAUGGAUACCGAAUCGACAUACUCGGGAUAUUCCCACUACUCAGGUCACUCCAAAAAAGCCCACAGACAAGGGAGUCGGGACAGGCACAAAUCGCCACGGAGUAAAGAUGGCAGUAGGUCAGAGAAAUCGGUCACCAUCCAGACGCCUCCCGCGGAACCGCUGCUGGGGAAUGAUGCCUCUCGGACAGAAGAGGGUCAGGAUGACAAUUGGGGUGAGACCACAACAGCUAUCACAGGCACCUCGGAGCACAGCAUCUCCCAGGAGGACAUUGCCAGGAUCAGUAAGGAUCUGGAGGACAGUGUUGGCUUGGAUUGCAAACGCUACCUUGGUUUAACAGUGGCUGCUGUCCUUGGACUCCUCGUCUUCCUUACCCCCAUUGCCUUCAUUCUCUUACCCCAGAUCCUGUGGCGGGAUGAACUGGAGCCAUGUGGCACCGUCUGCGAGGGACUGUUCAUCUCUGUGGCUUUUAAACUCCUGAUUCUUCUGAUUGGGACCUGGGCUCUGUUCUUCCGUCAGCCGAAGGCGGAUAUACCAAGAGUGUUCGUGUUCCGGGCCCUCCUGUUGGUCCUUAUAUUCCUGUUUGUUUUUUCCUACUGGCUCUUCUAUGGCGUCCGCAUCUUGGACUCCAAGGACACCAAUUACCAGGGGAUAGUGCAGUAUGCGGUGUCUCUCGUAGAUGCUCUCCUCUUCAUUCACUAUCUAGCCAUUGUGCUGCUGGAGCUGAGGCAACUGCAGCCCAUGUUCACGGUCAAGGUGGUGCGGUCGACAGAUGGAGAGUCGCGAUAUUAUAGCUUGGGGCACCUGAGCAUCCAGCGAGCUGCAUUGGUGGUUCUGGAAAACUACUACAGAGAUUUCACCAUCUAUAACCCGAGCUUGCUAAUGGCCUCCAAGUCUCGCGCAGCCAAACACAUGGCUGGCCUGAAAGUCUACAAUGUGGAUGGCCCAGGUAACAAUGCUGCCGGCCAGUCCCGGGCCAUGAUCGCUGCUGCCGCCCGGCGCAGAGACUCCAGUCACAACGAGCUUUACUAUGAAGAAGCAGACCACGAUCGCAGAGUUAAAAAACGUCGAGCAAGGCUUGUGGUUGCAGUGGAAGAGGCUUUCACUCACAUUAAACGUCUCCAGGCGGAGGAACAGCAGAAAGCUCCAGGUGAAGUGAUGGAUCCCCGUGAGGCAGCCCAGGCAAUUUUCCCAUCCAUGGCGAGGGCUCUGCAGAAAUACCUUCGCACCACCCGGCAGCAGCACUACCACAGCAUGGAGAGCAUCCUGCAGCACCUGUCCUUCUGCAUCACCAACAACAUGACGCCCAAGGCAUUCCUGGAGCGUUACAUCAAUCCAGGCCCAACCCUCCAAUAUGACAGAGAUCGCUGGUUCUCCAAGCAGUGGACGCUCGUCAGUGAAGAAGCAGUCACAAGUGCAUUAAGGGAUGGUGUCGUUUUUGUUCUCAAGUGCUUGGACUUCAGCCUUGUAAUUAAUGUGAAGAAAAUCCCCUUCAUCAAACUCUCGGAAGAGUUCAUAGAUCCCAAAUCUCACAAAUUUGUCCUUCGCUUGCAGUCUGAGACUUCGGUUUAGGGUGCGGGGCGGUGUUCUCUUCUUCUUCUGCUUUUGGGUUUUGUGUCCCCAAUGCUGACUGAAACUGGCAGAUGACAGACCAGUAAUAUUUGACCAUCUGCACUUUAUUUGGAAGGAGGGCCGGGGGUAAUGGGUUGGGAUAUCUAUCUAGAGAGUAAUAUCUUAAAAGCUCACAAGGCAACUUGGUUGAGUUAGCUCAGCCUUUAAGACAAAAUGGUCCUCCUUGUUUUCCAGGCAUAUUGUAGACUGUGUGAACAAACAUGGCCUUUAUGUUUCCUUUGGAGCCCUGCCUUGCAGUGCUCAGUAGUGUGUGUACAUCUCCCUUACUCAGGCCUGACCUGGUCUCUGCGUCCUGCACGUGUAGAUUUCUAUGGGGAAGCAGCUUUUUCUCAUGUAUAGAAGUCUGCGUAUGAGGAAGAAUUUGCAGUUCCCCUCUGCUCAGGAAGGAGAGCGU